CCGACGACGAACAAAAAUUAAUGGCGACGCGUGCACCUGCUGGCCUCCGGGGCCUAUCAUCAUCAGUACGGCCAUUGUCGGUCAUCGUGGCAGCACUUGUCAUCUCCCUCUGCCUAUGCACGCCGGCCACCUCGCAGCAAGAAGAAGAAGAAGCAUCAGCAUCGGCAUCGGCAUCGGCAUCGGCAGGGCAGAGGCAGCGGUACGGCUUCGGGCGGUUCGUGCGGCACGCGCGGGACGCGCCGCCGGUGUCGUCCCACUACAGCUACAUCGUCGUCGGCGGCGGCACGGCGGGCUGCCCUCUGGCGGCCACGCUGGCGGAAUCCGCCGGCGGAGGCCACGUGCUCCUCCUGGAGCGCGGCGGCUACCCGUACGGCAACCGCAACGUGUCGAGCGAGCUCCACUUCGCGGACGCGCUGGCGGACACGUCGCCGUCUUCCCCGGCCCAGCGGUUCGUGUCGGAGGAUGGCGUGGUGAACGCCCGCGCGCGCGUGCUGGGCGGCGGGAGCUGCCUCAACGCCGGCUUCUACACGCGUGCCAGCGGCGAGUACGUGCGCUCCUCCGGCUGGGAUGCGCGGCUGGUGAACGCGUCGUAUAAGUGGGUGGAGCGGGAGCUCGUGUUCCGGCCCGACGUGCCCCGGUGGCAGUGCGCGCUCCGGGAAGGGCUGCUACAGGCCGGCGUCACCCCCGACAACGGCUACACGUUCGACCACGUCCCCGGGACCAAGAUCGGCGGCACCAUCUUCGACCGCACCGGGCGCCGCCACACGGCCGCCGACUUCCUCCGCGGCGCGCACCCCCGCCGCCUCACCGUGCUUCUCCACGCCACCGUCUCGCGGAUCCUCUUCAAGCGCCGAGGGGCGGGGAAGCCGGUGGCGUACGGGGUGGUGUUCAGGGACCGGGCCGGCGUGCAGCACCACGCAUACCUGCGGAGCGGCGGCGGCGGAGAGGUGAUCCUGGCGGCGGGGACGCUGGGGAGCCCGCAGCUGCUGAUGCUGAGCGGGGUCGGCCCGCGGGCGCACCUGGAGAAGCACGGCAUCCGGCCCGUCGUCGUGGACCAGCCGCUGGUCGGGCAGGGCGUGGCAGACAACCCCAUGAACUCGGUGUUCGUCCCGUCCCCUUCCCCCGUCGCUCUCUCGCUCGUCCAGGUCGUCGGCGUCACCCGCUUCGGCUCCUUCAUCGAGGGCGUCAGCGGCUCCCAGUUCGGCAUCCCUCUCCACGGCGCAUCCCGCCGCCGCACAGCCCGCUCCUUCGGCAUGUUCUCCCCCAUGACGGGGCAGCUGGGGGCGCUGAGGCCGAGCGAGCGAACACCAGAAGCGAUGCGGCGGGCGGCGGACGCCAUGCGGCGGCUGGACAGGCGGGCCUUCCGCGGCGGCUUCAUCCUGGAGAAGAUCCUGGGGCCGCUCUCCACGGGGCACGUCGAGCUGCGCUCCACGGACCCGAACGCGAACCCGGCGGUGACCUUCAACUACUUCCGGGACCCCAAGGACGUGGAGCGGUGCGUGCGCGGGAUCGAGACCAUCGAGCGCGUGGUGCAUUCCAGGGCCUUCUCCCGGUUCACCUACGCCAACGCCAGCGCCAUGGAAGCCGCCUUCGACCGCGCCGCCCUGGCGAAGUUCCUCAACCUCAUGCCGCGCCACCCCAGGGACGACCGGCCGCUGCAGCAGUACUGCAGGGACACCGUCAUGACCAUCUGGCACUACCACGGCGGCUGCCACGUCGGCGACGUCGUGGACCAGGACUACCGGGUCAUCGGCGUCCAGGGGCUCCGCGUCGUCGAUAGCUCCACCUUCAAGUACUCCCCCGGCACCAACCCGCAGGCCACCGUCAUGAUGCUCGGCAGGUAUAUGGGGCUGAAAAUCCAGAAGGAGGGGUUGAUCGGGAAAUGACCAAGCAAGCAUUCCUUCUUCCUCAUCCAUUUAACGGAAUCACGGUCGCCUGGGCUAACUCCGACAGAGCAUUAUGUCUUCGUGCCGUCGGUCCCCUGCUUUCGGGUAUCUUCGGGAUUCUGUCAGGGCUCUUGCUUUGAUUCUUUCUUCUAGAGAAAUUGUUUUGUGGACGGUGUUUUACGCACACACAUUGUGUGAACUUAGCUGA